CGCCCAGAACCACACAACGCAGCAAGGACCGAAAAUUAGCAAAAUUUGUCGUGCGAGUGCUAAUAAUUGUUGUGUUGAGGACGAGCCGAAAUCCCGUGGCCGUGUUGUUUAGCGCCGGAGACCGCAGCAGGUGGACAAGGGUUGCCCUGAUCUCUGGUGACACCGCCACGAAUCGCUUUUUGGGGUUGCCAGGGGCGCAAUAAGCGAGCUCUCCGGGACAGUAGGAAGUGUCGCGUUGGUCACGGUCGGAAGCAACAAGCGUCACAGGUAAAAAGGUCUUGGCCGCACAGGAACAUUCCUGGGGACAAGGAGAAGCAGGACGACGUCAGCAGCAGUUUUGUGUUUUGGUUGAGCACGGUUCCGGGGGGGUGCGCGCGCGCAUGUUGACGGUGGCGGCAGGAGGAUGUCGUACCGUAUCCUUCGCAAGCUGCAGGGCAACGAGCUCGAGAUAAAGGAGCAGAUCGAUGAGGUGUCCGACGGUGGCGAUGCCGAUUACGACACCAACAGCACCAGCAGCCAGAACCGCAACAGCAAGAAGCAGCUCAACAUCAAUCGAUAUGACCUGCUGAACCAACAGCAGUCGCUCUCGGAGAGCGAAGUAAAGGAGGACGAUAACGAUGAGACGGAGAAGGAUGCUGCGGACGGGAGUGUGAGCGUCCACCUGGCCGAGGCGAAGAAGCGCAAGAAGAAAAAGAAGAAGAAGACGGGCAAGUACAUUUCGAGCUCGGCGCGGCGCAGCAGCGAGGACAAUGCGGACAUCGAGGACGACUUUACGCGCACCGUGAAGGAGGUGGACAAACUGUUUGGCCAUCUGCCACCGCGUGAUCCGGACCAUCACCCUCAUCACCAUCACCACCACCACCACAGCAGAGGUGGAACCGAGGGUGGCGUCGGCACGGCCAAGCCAUCGGCCGGUCUGGCCGGACUGGCCACCAAAUCGUUGCUCAAUGUGCAGCACAAAAACCUGAAUCCCCAGUACGAGAUGAAGCGCAUGUUUGGCAGCAAAGUGGUCGGUGAUCCGCAGAACAAACGGCGCAACGUACGAGGUGGUAGCUCUCGGUUGCUGAAAUCAACGUACUUGGUAAACCCGAAGGAUAAUUGGCCUCCGGUGGGUAAAUCGGGGAUCUACAUGAACCUGGUACAGGCCCCGGAAGCGAACAACGGUGGUACCGUACCAUCCUGCUCGACGGCGGCCGCCACUGGUCCGAAGGCGGUGUUUGACAAAAACGUGAUCUGCUUUGCGUUCGAGCACAGUCCCGCGUACCGGCAGGUGCAGCAAAAGUUUCUCGAUGCCGUCGAAGGCAUGGACUCGGAGGUCAUCAUCCACAUCAUCAACCAACACCCGUACCACGUGGACUCGCUGAUACAGCUGAGCGAACUGUGCAAGAUGUCGGAAGAUCACGCGAUGGCAUCGGAGCUGAUCGAGCGGGCACUGCUAGCGCUCGAGUCUUCCUUUCACACGAUGUUCAGCCUGACGCAGGGUAACUGCCGGUUGGACUAUCGGCGCCAGGAAAACCGGGCCCUCUUCAUAACGCUAUUCAAGCACGGUCAACACCUAGAAUCGAGAGCGUGCUCGAGGACGGCACUCGAGAUUGCCAAACUGAUACUGUCGCUCGAUCCGACCAACGAUCCGCUGGCAAUGAUACUGAUCGUCGAUUACUAUGCCAUCCGGGCGAAACAGUACGAGUGGCUGGUGACGCUGUACGACGAAUGGGAAGCUACGAACAAUCUGUCCCAGCUACCCAGUAUGGCCUACUCCUACGCCAUGGCUCUGUUCUAUCUUAACCGACCGGAAGCCGCCGAUCAGGCACUGCAGUACGCGCUGCUCAUGUUUCCGGGCGUGUUGCGUCCACUGAUGGAGGAACUUUCUAUUCAGGCGGAUACACGCGUCGCCGGACACAAUUACUUUGGCCCCAAUGCAUACCACAAGGCGACGGUGGCACUCCAGCAACUGAUGUCGCUGUACGUCUGUCGCUCGAAGCUUGUGUGGCGCGAUACGGAUCUGUUGCCAUGGCUCGAGCGAAACGUACACGUGGUGCUCGAUCGGGUCGACGCGAAGGAAGAGAUUGUCAGCGAGUAUGCGACCAAGCGGAGUCAAAGAUAUGCCAACCCACCCAGACAGGUGCUGCGUCAUAUCGUGCUGUCGGAUUUCAAGGAAAAGGUACCGCUCGCAGAGUUUAUCAAGCUGGAACGGGAUCCGGUACUGAUGUACGAUCCACUACCACCACUGGAUGCGAUCAACAUCUACAGCAGACCUACGAUGCCAGCAUCCGAUGUGCAGCUGUCGAAUCAUACGCUGUACCUGUUCCUUCAGUCGCUGCUUCCCAGCUUCCGCGCUCAGCAGACAGCUCGCCCUCAACCUGCUCAACCGGCUGAUGCCCCCGCAGCAGCUGCACCGGCACCGGCAGCAGCUGCCCCAGUAAACGUUGCUCCACAACCGCCCGCUGGAGAGCAUGCUGCGACCGGGCCGGCUGUUGCCGAGGCUGGUACGGAAGAUGCAGCCACCCAACAGGAUCAGCUGGUACGACAGGAGGCCUACUCCAGCUGGAUGUACUCGGUCGUCGGAGCGAUGCGCGAAUUCGUGUCCGGCAUACGAUCGCUAGAGCGCCCGAAUGAUGCUGACGUGGACGAGGCAGAAAGCACGGAAGAGGGGGAACCAAACGAUUAUCUGACGUAAACAGAUUGGCAAGGCAAAACAGAGAUAUGGAGCCCUUUUCCAUUUUCUUCCGUGGCAUUACCGUCAUCGUUGUCAUUGUUGGUUGUUGUUGGCGCUAAUGAUGACGAGCUAAAGGGCGGGGGAGAAGGUUGAUUUGCUCCUUUCAAUUUGGAUAACUAGACUCACCAGAGCGGCCGUUUGGUGUCGUUUGGAAGAGAAUAUGUUAGGCAUAAGGCCACACACUUAUAAACCUCCUACAAACGGGGUGGCGUGCAUAUAGCUUUUCCGUUUUCCGCUCUCAAUCACAUGCCACAAAGGAGGGUAAAGAAGAGAGGUAGUUCGAGUGAGUGUCUGUGUGCGUUUGCAUAAGCUUAGCUUUCUAGCGGUGCAUUCCCGCCAUACCGCCCGGCACAUUGAGUAGUUCACGUUCUCGCAGCUUCGCCAGCUCUAUCCAAUACGCUUCUGAGUGCUCCUAAGCCGUAUGCGUAUUAGUCUUAUCGUUGUAUUUUAUAAACGUUUUUCCUUUCUGGUGUUGGAACUGAAUUGUAUAUCCUCUAAUCUCCAGGAGGAGCAGGAUGUAAGUUAAAUAUUUUUAAAACCUACAUGGAAAACGAACGCAAUUAUAUGUAGCCAGAGCCAAGGCUUUGAUCGGCACUUUGUGUAAGAGUUAAAA